GCAACCUUUCGAUUUACACCAGGUACGCCAGCCACGGCCGUAUUUAUAACAUUUAGAAACAUCAGGAUUUGGGGUGGGCGUAGCGUGAGAGCCGAUCAUAGAGGAGGCCAGGAGUCCCUGGCACUCUGGUACUAGCGUUGGUACGUGUGCGUCAACACUGGAGAGUAGGCCUACCAGCAUCCCUGGCUGUACGCUGAUUGGCUGGUAGGCGCGCGGGAGCUCAGUCGUCACUUGUAGGAGCUCCGAUGGGGUCCACUACAGUGUACCUGCAUGGUCUACACCGUACACCGUCUCGUAUACCUUCGUUGUCUAUACACAUGUCCUGCGUAGUCAUGGGGUAGUACAUGCCAAGCCAAUUGUAAACUUGUUUGGUGAUAUUUCUACUGAAUUAAAAUACUACUACUAAUAAUAAAAAUAUUAUUAUUAUUAUCUAUACUAUUAUUAUUAUUAGUAGUAGUAGUUCUGGUAAACAACUCGACUAUUUGGUCAGGGAAAAUACACUCAGCCAACUGCGUAGUCGCCUGAUUCACCGCGUUAAUGCUUCCCCAAAACUCUUAUUAUUCCCAAACCUGAUAAAAUACCUCAAGGUAAGCUUAGAACUGCCGUAAUACGCUCAUAUAACUUCAAAUUGUAAACUAAGAUAAUGCUCUCGUUUAUUAGAUAAAAUAUGCUUUAAUAAAUAUAUACAUCUUGCUAACUAUAGCGAAUGUGUGUUAACUGUUGGUAACACUGACGGCUAUGUUUUGAAGAUGGAAGUGAACAUCUCUAUAGAGGAAGUUCCUGGUGGAGGGACAGCUACCCUAGAAGCAGCUAAAUCCAUUAAGGCCAUAGACAAGACUACUGUCCACCGCAUUUGCUCAGGUCAGGUUGUGCUGACACUUGCCACAGCUGUUAAAGAGUUGGUGGAGAACAGUCUAGACGCUGGUGCUACCAGUGUGGAGGUGCGUCUCCGUGAUCAUGGCACCACACUGCUAGAAGUAUCAGACAAUGGGAAAGGAGUUGAAGAGUGUGAUUUUGAAGGCCUGACUUUAAAACAUCACACCUCAAAGCUUCAAGAUUUUGGGGACCUGGUGGGAGUGAAGACAUUUGGCUUUCGUGGUGAAGCUCUCAGCUCCCUGUGUGCUCUCAGUGACAUGACUGUCACAACACGCCAUGUCAGUGAAGAGGUUGGCAGUAAACUUGUGUAUGACCACAAUGGAAAACUUGUCUCUAAAACUCCAAUGUCAAGGCAGGUUGGCACAACAAUCUCACUGCAGGGACUAUUCUCUACAUUGCCUGUGCGACAUAAGGAAUUUCACCGUAACAUUAAGAAGGAGUUCAACAAGAUGGUCCAGAUCCUCUACUCUUACUGCCUAAUGUCUACAAGGGUGAGAAUAUCAUGUACAAACCAGACAGAUAGAGGCAAGAAAAGUGUUAUUGUAUCCACUGGUGGACACCUGACUGUAAAAGAAAACAUUUCUUCAAUUUUUGGGGCCAAACAGGUUUCCAGUCUGCUUGAGUUCAGACAAGAAACUGCCUCUGAUGACGUCUUAGCUGAGUAUGGGAUGGAAUUAUCCUGUCGACUAACCCAAGAGAACACACUAUUCACCUUGGAGGGGUAUGUGUCAUCGUGUUCCCAUGGUCAGGGACGCUCUGCUGCUGAUCGUCAGUUCUACUUUAUCAAUUCCCGGCCUUGUGACCCAGCCAGGGUGAUGAAAGUGGUCAAUGAAGUGUACCAUCAUUAUAACCGACAUCAGUCUCCUUGUGUAGUGCUCAAUAUACGACUAAAGCAAGAUGAUGUAGACAUCAACGUUACACCAGACAAGCGACAAAUCCUUGUCAACAAUGAAAAGAUCUUGCUAGCUACAAUUAAGACUUCUUUAAUUCGACUGUAUGAGAACAUCCCUUCCACUUAUAAUCUCCAGAACACAUCCCUCAACUCUCCAUUGAAUAACUCGUUAAACAGUUCAUUUUGUAGUCCAAGCCCAAGUGUUGUCAGUCGUACUGUGACACCAGGAGCCGGUACUGGAAAAUUUUCUGCUCUUAGCCAGAGGUUUGGACGCAAUUGUGUGGGAUCAUCACCACCUGCAUCAUCGCCAGUGUCCAUAAGUGGUCUCAAGCGAAGUUUGAGCUCAACCAACAGCCCUACUAACAAACAACCAAAGCUGAUAUCCUUCUUGAGGAAGAGCACAUCAUCAGACCCAUCAGGAACUUCUGGUACUGUUGAGGAUUCAUCUGAUUCUCUACUUGGUGAUCUCAGUAUGGAUGGCAUCCAGCCUCUCUCAAGCCAGUCUGUCAGUGAGAUAAAGACAGAUGAAACGCUGGAAGACGCAACGAAGAUAACACAAGACUUGGAAGAACCUCAAAUAGACAGUACAUGUAUUCAAGAUUGUAUUAAUUCUGUGGAUGUGAAUAUGAAUUGUGACAUGUUUAAAACAAGUGAGGCAGCUGUGGGUAAUGUUGAUAGUAGUGAUACUCAAGAUCUCAAUGAUUUUUCUGAUGAUGUAGUUGGUGAAAAUCAUUGCUCAUCAAAAGCAGAUACCCAAAGAUACAAUAGUUCUACUAGUAGUGAAUUAGAAAAGAGUGAUUCAAAGGUAAACAGUUAUCCACCUCUUACUGACAAAGGUUCAAAAGAAAAUGGCUUAAAAAAUACAUUUGCAAAAUUUUAUAGGUCAGCAUCAUUACCAACAUCCUCAAGCUCUAGAAAGGCUCACAGUGCCACAGACAAGUUCUUAAACAAUUUACUUGUCAAAAAAACUGUGACUCAAGUUAUGAAGACUCUUAAGAACGAUUUAACGAAUGGACAUACAGGUGGUGAUUUCAAAACAGAGUUUUCUCAAGAUAAUGAAGAUAAUGAUUUAGAGAUAGUAUGUGAAGGUUCAGAUGUAAUGGACAAGGAAGAUAGUGAGACUCAUAAGAAUGAAUAUAAUGGUAACAUCUGCAGAAAAGUGGUGUUGUGUGAAGAUUAUGAUGCAAGUGACUUUGUGGACAAGAGAAAGUCAAAGAAAGUUUACUUUAAUCUGGAAACAAUAAAGCAGAGACUUAAAUCGUUGCAGAUAAAGGACAAACACACAGAUGUUUUCCGCAAGUUUCGUGCCACAAUAUCUCCCACAGAGAACAGUGCUGCUGAAGAUGAGCUGAGGAAACAGAUUUCAAAGGAUAUGUUUGCAGAGAUGGAAAUAUUAGGGCAGUUUAAUUUAGGAUUCAUCAUUGGUCGCCUUGGCUCAGACCUGUUCAUAAUAGACCAGCAUGCAACAGACGAGAAAUACAACUUUGAGACUCUCCAACAAACAUGUAUUCUCCAGAAUCAGCGACUCAUCAUUCCUCAGACACUUGAAUUAACUGCAGUGAAUGAAUCAAUUUUGCUGGAUAACAUAGAGAUCUUCAGGAAGAAUGGAUUUGAAUUUAAGGUCGAUGAGGAGAAGCCAGUGGGUCGCAGAGUGAGCCUUGUGUCAAUGCCUUUCAGUCGUGGCUGGGAGUUUGGACGAGAGGAUAUCGAGGAAUUAAUUUUCAUGCUUUCUGACGCACCUGGUGUAAUGUGUCGGCCGUCACGUGUUAGGGCCAUGUUUGCCUCUAGAGCAUGUCGGAAGUCAGUCAUGAUUGGCACUGCACUAACACAAGCACAGAUGCAAAAGCUUGUGUGCCACAUGGGUGAGAUUGAACAGCCAUGGAACUGCCCUCAUGGUCGUCCAACAAUGAGGCACCUCAUCAACCUCGACAUGGUGACACCUCCAAGAUGAAGGCUGAAAGGAUUUCUUAGCAUCCAGACAUUGUAAUUUCUUUAGCCUUGUGUUCACAAAAUUACUGUACUGAUUUAUCUAUAUGUUGGUUAUCAUAUUCCUUAGCCUAGUACUGUACAUGUGAGAAAACUAUUCAGCCAAACCACAUUAGAGGAACAGAGUCCAUUAUACUGUACUGUACUCUACUCUAGACAGAUAGAAUACUAUACAUUCAUUUUCACCUCAUGUUUUAGUUAAAGUUAAUCAGUUGUACUAAAAUCUUAUCAUAUAUCAAUUGAUGGUUAUUGGUGUUGCUUAAAUGUCUUCACAACAGUGUACUGUACAUUAUAAAUAAAAUUUAAUAAGAAUU